UUCUGUGUAUGUUUACAUCAAUUCGAUGGAGCCACAAAGAUCGCAACAUAACCUAAAAAAGUACUAGUACAUAUGGUCUGUUCUAAAUUGUAAAUAAAACAUUGUUCAGUGGUUUUUAUUACGUUAAAUAUUUAUAAUGGAACGGGAUGAAAUCUGUCAGUACUUCAAUCAAAUCAUCAAAGAUGAGAAAGAUGUAUCUGCUGGGAUGGCGGCUAUUCGAACUCUUCUAAAAGUGUUGGAACGGUCAAAAUCUGAAACAGUACAGGAGCUUCGUUAUUGUUUACAAAAUGCUGUCGAUGCUAUGCGCUCCACUGAUCAUCCUGUCACUGCCAUUGCAUCCGGCAGCGAGUUAUUUCUCAGAUUUAUUACUCUUGCCACAUUGGAUACACCGUCUUUUGCAGAAUGCAAGGGCAUUAUGAUCCAUCGAGGCAAAGUUUUCUAUGAAAAACUUGUUGCUGCACGUGGCAAAGUAGGAAAAGUUGCUGCCCAUUUUAUUACGGAUGGUUGUAAAAUCCUGACUCACUCCAAAUCCAGAGUAGUUUUACAAACAAUGAAAGAAGCAGCAGCAAGCAAUAAAAUUUUCCAAGUCUAUGUCACGCAGUCUGCUCCAGAUUUUAGCGGCGAAGAGAUGUGCGAAAAUUUGACCAAAUUAGGCGUUCCAUGUACACUCAUACUUGAUGCUGCCAUGGGCUAUGUUAUGGAACAAGUUGAUAUGGUCAUGGUUGGUGCAGAGGGAGUAGCUGAAAGUGGAGGUGUUAUAAACAAGAUUGGCACAUAUUCGAUGGCGAUUUGUGCUAAAGAAAUUAAAAAGCCAUUUUACGUUUUGACGGAAAGUUUCAAAUUUGCCAGAAUAUAUCCGCUGAAUCAAGUCGAUCUUCCAGACGAAUUCAAAUACACUGCAAGUACGUUAUCGAAAAGUCUACAAAACGAACACCCGUUGGUCGACUACACGCCACCUCAAUUUAUCAAUCUUCUGUUCACUGAUUUGGGAAUUCUUACUCCGUCGGCUGUUAGUGAUGAGCUCAUUAAACUUUAUCUGUAACUUGUAAUUACUGAAAACUUUAUUAAAUUUAUUUCAUAUUCAAAUUAUAUAAGAAUCGAGCAAAUAUUCUUGAAAUUUUUUUCACAUAUGGUCGAAAAGUUUCACCAAUAAUCUAGAAAAGUUAAAUUAUGUGUGAUAACAUAUUUCUUUUUAACUUUCUUUUUAUGCUUUGAUUCUCAAGAAUCAUUGGUACAUAUGUUUUAAGAGAUUAAAAAGUGAAUGUUGUAAUGAAAAAAUCACUUGAUGAAUUUGACCGAAGUUUUAAUUUUAACAUCUGAACAGUUAAGGGAGAACGUGACAGAUUUUUCAUCGUUGUACCAUUCUGAAUAAAAAUCUGAAUUCGUAAUUCGUAACGAACACCAAACUUUUUCGGAAUUGGAGUGAAAAAAAAACAUUAAACAGCGGUAUGAUUAUGAAUAAAUACGCUUUAUUCGUUCUUUUCCAAAUGUAUUCUCCAGGCUGUGCCACAUAUGGCAUCGGCUAUUUCUAAAUCUACACGAUGUAGUAGGAUUAAAUAGGACGAUUUUUUAAAUUUCGAUAAUGAAGCUUUGACAUUAAAAGAUGGAGUAUUCACGCAGUUUCGAACUAUCGAAAUAGGAUUUCACAUUACCGCGUUAUUUAAUGAAUAUCGUUUGUUUCCUUUUCGUUUUUCUUCCGAAAUAACAUACUUGCAACUAUCCUUUCUGAAAUAUUUAUCGAUUUAACUGAAUCCUCGUACGUCCUCGAUCGUCAUGAUUACAUGGUAUCUUGCGCCAAAUAAGUUAUUCAUAACUUUUCCAAAAAGCCUCUUUAUUGUAUUGCGAUUCCAGCUUGUGUUGCAUUGAUAAUAAAUAUCGAUUAUUAAUUUGUGGUUCAAUUGUUUCUUCAUUGAAUUUUUAAUAGAGUUAUAAAGGAUAAAGGCUGCUUAAUUGAUGCCUUGAUACACGUGAUUAUAGUGUUCAUAGAGUCCUGGUCUAUGGAAAGUUUUGCGAGAUGUCGAUUUAUCUCAUUAGUACAAUUUUCAUUCUGUUUAACAUCCGGUUUUCCAACAUGAGCGGCCAGUUUUUUGUUUCACUUUGCCCAUUAUCUCGACGACAGUUUUUGCAUCCCUAUCAUUUUUGUUUACAAAUAAAACGCAAUUUUUGGGAGAUAAGAAUCUUGAACAGAAAACAUUCACGUAAUCGACGUAUGAUCCGUUAAAAAAAGGAUUUCCUGGUUGUACAAAGAUUGAAUCUGAGGUCACUAACGAUCAACGAAAAACAUUCGUAUUCUCGCAAGUUUCGUUAACCCUAUUAGACGAAGGAAACAAAAAUUUAUUCGAGAAUCACCAGUUGUAAUUUAGCACAAAUUCGGAGGAAAUAUUUCUAUCGUUGGAAUAACUCAAAUAUUUAUCUUUUGCGACGAUUCAAAGCUAGCGCUAUUAUACCUACAUAUCAUAUUUUUUCAUCGUACAAAAUCUUGCUCCAUCUUUUCUCCGGUUAUUGAAUCGCUCGCUGCGUACUUUUUCUACACUGUAUGAUUGAAUCAUUGAAAUUCAAUUUUAUCUCAACGAUAAUAUUUUCAUUUGUUUUCUUUUAUAUUUAGUUUCUCGCGGAAUAAAUCACUGGCAAGAAUGACUCUUAAUCGGAAUAUGAAUAAUGGUUGAAAGGAACGUGUGUGCUAAUGAAACAUGUACAACAUACUGGCACUGGUUUACGAAAAAUUCAGUGAUAAUGAACUUUAUAUUUUGUUGACAAUGACAAAGUUUCUAAGUAUUGAAACACUUUUUUAUCCAGUAUGAUUGGCUCCUGAAAUUUCACAUGAAAUUAUUUAUUGCACUGUUGGCUGAACUGUCCAAAUCAAAUGAACCAAGAGAAUAUAAAUGUCGUUUGAAAAUAUGACUUCGCAUCAGAACAGAAAUAGCACCUGGGACAAUAACAUAUUGCAACGUAAAAAAAAACGGAAUAAAUUAAACAAAUUGAGCUUACUGCUACGCGAUACCCUGACUCGUAUACUGUACAGUUGUACAAUCGCUCUAACGAUCAUUAAAAAAAAAAAAAAAAAAAAAAA